AUGGGCUAUGAUGAUAUGCAUGAAGGCUUCGGGUUCAGGGAUAGAAAUGUUGAGGGAGCAGCUCUUUUAGAUUUUGCGAGGGCCUUUGGGUUAGUGGUUGUGAAUUCUAGCUUUUCGAAGAAGGAGGAGCAUCUGGUUACUUUUCGUAGCAGGCUAGCCAGGACUCAGAUUGACUUUUUGUUGCUUAGAAAGAGGGACAGUGCAUUGUGUAAGGAUUGUAAGGGGGACGUGGAUAGUAUGUGGGACAAGGCUACGGAAUGGAUCAAAGAGUCUGCUAGGGAGGUGUUGGGUGUCUCGAGGGGCUGGUCUGGUAAGUAUCGAGGGGAUUGGUGGUGGAAUGAAGAUGUUACGAAGAAGGUGGAGACGAAGAAGGCGGCUUAUGUUAAGUUGGUAGAGAGUAAGGAUGAAGAGGAGAAACGGGUUAGCAGAGAAGAGUAUAAGUUAGCUAAGAAAGAGGCUAAGUUAGCAAUUUCAGCUGCUAAGACAACAACUUUUGAGAGUUUGUAUAGGGGCUAG